GAAGUAUGGAAAAAGAUGGAGGAGAAAUCAAAGAGAUCUGUGAAGCCCCGAUUCAUCCUCAUUCAUCUGGUGCGUGCAAGCUCCUCUUCCAGCUGCUCAAGUUGUGUCCACUUCGUAUCAGUGAGAUAGUGGACACAUUUACCUGCUUCAGAUUCAGCCAUGGCCGCCUGCCAACAAGUAUUUGUAUGAAUCUUCUCGUUCCUGAUUCGUUAGGAGCCCCGAGCAAUGUGGUGUCGCAAGUUUCUUCUCUAAGGACCAGUGUGGAAACGAGUGCGAGCUCUGUGAGCCCUGUGGUUAUACGUGGCAGGAGACAUGCGACCUUAGGAUUGUCACACAGUGGCUUCGGAGCCACCUUCCAGCAAUCGUGCACACAUUCGGCAUCAAAUAUGUGCAGGAAUCAGGUCAACGUCAGGGCGGCACAGGUGCCCUCAGAAGUGACGACUCAAGAUAAGGUGACUAAGAAAUGCUUUUUCGACAUCGAAAUUGACGACAAGCCGUGUGGUCGCAUCAUUUUUGGGCUCUUCGGUGACACAGUCCCUGAUACCGUCGAAAACUUCCGUUGUCUUUGCACAGGUGAGAGGCGUUUUGGUUACAAGGGAUCGGCGUUCCACCGUGUAAUCAAAGACUUUAUGAUCCAGGGUGGUGAUUUUGACCAAGGCAAUGGCACUGGUGGAUAUAGUAUUUACGGCAAUACCUUUAAGGAUGAGAACUUCAAAUUGAGGCAUACUGGAGAGGGAGUUUUGAGCAUGGCAAAUCGUGGGCCUGAUACUAAUGGAAGCCAGUUUUUCAUCUGUACUGCAGAGACCUCAUGGCUAGAUGGCCGUCAUGUUGUAUUUGGACAAGUGAUUGAAGGUAUGGAUGUAGUGAAGGCAAUUGAAGGGCAAGAUGUUGACCCUAACGAUAGACCCAUGAAGAAGUGUGUUAUUGUUGAGAGUGGUGAAUUGUAGAUUACACAAAGUUUUAGUGGUGCUUAAAGAGUUUGCUUCAGCGUGAUUCCACUGCCAACGUGAAGCAGCUUUGUUGUAUGUUCUUUUUGUUGUAGUGAAGGUUAACAUCUGCUACAGUAAUAACCAUUAAGCUGUUGGAGCUCUACAUUAUGCCCUUUGUCUAAGUGCAUUCACCAACUUCAAUUUCUUAAAACAAUUCCUUGUCACUUA